CCCACAGCCCCUCUGGCAUGGCCCCCCACCCCGCGGGGUGCAGGCGCUCCCCAGGGGACCCCCACUCCUGAGAGCCACCCCAGCCCAGGACCGCAGAUCUGGCUCGGAGAACAUGGCCACUCCAGUGAGGACGUUCCCAGUUGCCCUGUGGACACCGACGCUGGCUCCCUGGCCAGGAGGAAACACCACGGCGGCGGCAGACACAAAGUGCGUCUUCAAUGAGGAGUUCAAGUUCAUUCUGCUGCCCGUCUCCUACAGCAUCGUCUUCGUGGUGGGCCUGGCCCUCAACUCCUGGGCCCUGUGGAUGUUCAUCUCCAGGAUGAGGCCCUGGAACGCCACCACCACCUACAUGAUCAACCUGGCCGUCUCCGACACGCUCUACGUCCUCUCCCUCCCCACCCUGGUCUACUAUUACGCCGACCGCAACAACUGGCCCUUCGGGACGUGGCUCUGCAAGAUCGUGCGUUUCCUCUUCUACGCAAACCUCUACAGCAGCAUCCUCUUCCUGACGUGUAUCAGCAUCCACCGCUACGUGGGCAUCUGCCACCCCAUCCGCUCCCUCAAGUGGGUGAAGACCAAGCACGCCCGCAUCAUUUGCGUGGGUGCCUGGCUCGUCGUCACCAUCUGCCUCAUCCCCAACCUCAUCUUCGUCACCACCAGCUCCAAGGGGAACAGCACCCUGUGCCACGACACCACCAAGCCUGAGGAGUUCGACCAUUACGUGCACUACAGCUCCUCUGUCAUGGCUCUCCUCUUCGGGGUCCCCUUCCUGGUCAUUGUCCUCUGUUACUGCCUGAUGGCCAAGAGACUCUGCAAGUCCAGCUUCUCCAGCCCCAGCUCCCGAAUGCCCUCCUACAAGCAGCGCUCCAUCAAGAUGAUCAUCAUCGUGCUCAGCGUCUUUGCCAUCUGCUUCGUGCCCUUCCACAUCACCCGGACCAUCUACUACACCUCCCGCUACUUCCAAGCCAACUGCUUGACCCUCAACAUCAUCAACUUCACCUACAAGAUCACUCGGCCCUUGGCCAGCAUCAACAGUUGCCUCGACCCCAUCUUGUACUUUAUGGUUGGGGACAAGUACCGCGGGCGGCUGCGCCGGGGGCCAGCCCACCGCCUCCGGCCCGUGCCCACGUGCGAACUGGCCCUGGUAUCCCCCCCCUCCACGGACAACGUCAUGGGUGGCAGCCACGUGGCCAGUGACACCCAAGGGACAGGGACAGCACGGAGCGGAGGCAGGUGCUGAGGGGACAAAGGGGGUUCCAGUAACCUCAGCCCUGGUCUCCACGAGUUGCAGCCCCUCCGGGCUCCAUGUGGGCACCCUGACCCCCCCUUCGCAGGGGUAGAAACUGCAGGGCUGAGGGCCGGUGGCCACAGGGCUUGUCCCAGCCCUGCCCUGGGAUGCUGCGGUAGGAAGGUGUGGAUGCCACUCAGGGCAGGACAACUGCCAGGCACCCAUGGGAGCGGGGAAGAUGCCGAGAAAGUAAUUUUGAGGAGAUAGGCUGAUGUCCCAUCCCAGGGCACUCCUGGGGACACGUGGGGGCUGACGUCCCUGGAGAGAAGGGACGCUGGUCCCUCUCUGGGCACAUGCAGCCCUUCCACUCUGCUCACCAGCAACGUGUGGGCACCAGACCGAACCCAGGGAUGGAGCCAACGCUGGGCCCCCCGCGUGCCUGGCAAAGGCUCUCGGAGACGUACCCAUCACA